AUGUCUAACGCGUCUUAUAAAGAAUCUUUCAGAAUAUGGUUGGAUGGCAUAAAAAGUUUGCCUGCAACCACUUCUAUCCAUGGUUUUAGAUUUAUUGCAGACACCAAACGGCAUUGGAGCGAAAGAUUUUUUUGGUUGGUAUUUGUGGGUCUAUCCUGGUAUGGUUCAUUUCUUCUUAUCGUAGCUCAGUACGACGCUUUCCAGAAUCAUCCAAUAUCUUUUGUAGUCGAAACUACAUAUAAGGAUUGGAAUACUCACUUCCCGUCAGUAGCUGUUUGUGAAAACGAUAAUAGCCAACGUAUAGAAGAUGUAUCAGAUACAUUAUGGGGACCCGAACAUGACUUUAACAUGGAAGAAGUUUUGAAAGAGAUUGCGUUUUUCAAAGGGAUCACUUAUUACACUUCCGAAUUCUGUGGCUUAGAAAACCCUUUGCCUGAAUGUUUUUCGAAUAAUCUCAGCUAUUACGCCAACCUGGUCCGGAGUAGUUGUGAAGAUACUCUGAGGAACUGUUCUUGGAAUGACGCUCCCUUCCGUUGCUGCGAUUACUUCAGACCGAUGGAGACUGAAAUCGGCGUAUGUCUUGCCAUCAACACCAUCCAAGGAAUACGUCUAAUAACAAUACGCAAUAUCGAGAAUGAUGCCGGUGCUAGAAUGAUAAAACCAGAGAAGCGCAAGUGUCGUUACACUGAUGAGAACUUUCUGGAAGUAUAUCGGCACUACUCGUACACGGCGUGCACAGUACAAUGUAGGAAGAAAGCACAGCUACGUUUGUGCAACUGUACUAACUUCUUUAUGCCUAAUGUUCCGGAACAUAUGAAAUGCAACAUCAGUGGCAUCAUGUGCUUGGACAACCACGUCAAUCUACUCUCUGUUCUAAAAGCUGAAUGGUCAUUGCGUUCCGGUUUAUACUGUAAUUGUUUACCAUCGUGCACAGAAGCAGAAAUAACCACGGUGAAAGACUUCAAGACAAGCAUAUCUGAGAAUUUUGCCACUGUUGAGGUAGGUCUUGCAAUGUUGCCAAGCGAGAGGUACAAGAGGAACGUUGUGCGUGGAGUGCUAGAUUUAGUGGUAUCAACUGGAGGAACAGGCGGUUUAUUCCUAGGUGCUAGCAUUCUCAGCUUUGUGGAACUUUUGUACAUUUUGUUAAUAAGACCCUUCUGCAGUAUGUACAAACGAAGAAAGGAUGACCAUUGGUUUAAAAAAUAUGGCACGAGGAAACUCGAAGACAAUAAAUUUUUGCCCAACGCUGAUUGGAGCUAUAAGAGGUUUAAGUGUGACAAAAAGAAAAGAAACAUUGAUAAAAAAAAUAAAAAUAUAAAAACAUAG